AUGGCACGCGGCGUCGAAGGAAACGAGAUGUCAACGCCUCGCGCUUCACAAAAGAAGCAGCCCGCCUCCGCGUCGCAAUCGGCAAAAGGCCAAAAGUCCAUCUUGGGCUUCUUCCAAAAGAAGUCUACCAAUUCACCAAGCCCCGCGCCGUCCGAUGCCACACCAGUCAAUAAGACGCCGACAUCAAGACUAGCGAAGAGAGCGUUCAACAAUCCGCCUGCAGACAUCACACCAGUGCCGAGCAGCGACGCCCCCGAUUUCUCAAGUCCUAUCAAACAUGAACGGGAAUUGACAGUGGGGCGGAACAAGGAGAAUCGUCUGCCAUUACCCGUCACAAAAUCGGUCUCCGGAACUGACAGUGUACUGCCAGAGCCUGCAGAUGUCACUCCCAGUAGCCCAACACGUAAGGCACGGAAGCCCGUCAAUUACGCCGAAUCAGAUGACGAAGACGACGACGACAUACUGGGUCCAAUUGCGAACAAUGCUAGAGGCAGAGCGACGAAGCGCCAGCGGGUCGUCAUCGACGAUGAUUCAGAUGACGAGUUCGGAUUAGACGCGGCCACACAGAAGGCGAUGCUUGAGGAAGAAGAUGAAGAUGAUGUGGAAGACUUCGUUGUCCCAGACGAUUCCGAGGAGGAAGUGGUAUCGAAGAAGCGCAAACGUCCAGCAGCGUCCAAGGCUCGUGCGAAAACUUCCCCAGCAUCAUCACCACCUAUAAUCGAGGCGAAGGAUGAAGAAGACGAUGGCGACAUCGUAAUGUCUAGCACAUCCACAGCACAGCAAUGGAUAUAUGAUCCCGAGAACCCCAUGGUCUUCAAGCCCCGCCCGUCCGUACAGGCGACUAAGAAGGACCCCAGCAAGAAGAUCAAGGAACGACCGAGCGCUUCUGAACCCGAGACGAGAUAUCCAUGGCUUGCGCACCAGAUGGACGCUGACCGGCAUCCCGUUGAUCAUCCUGACUACGACCCUCGCACACUUUAUAUCCCUCCGGGUGCUUGGGACAAGUUCUCUGCUUUCGAGAAGCAGUAUUGGGAGAUCAAGAGCAAGUGGUGGGACACUGUUGUGUUCUUCAAGAAAGGCAAGUUCUACGAGCUUUAUGAAAAGGACGCUUCGAUUGGCCAUCAGCUCUUCGACCUCAAGUUGACUGAUCGAGUCAACAUGAGGAUGGUGGGUGUACCGGAAGCUUCGCUGGACAUGUGGGCGGCACAAUUUGUAGCGGCAGGACACAAAGUCGCCAGGGUUGACCAGAUGGAGUCAGCCUUAGGUAAGGAGAUGCGCGAACGUGACGACAAGAGCAAGACUCCGAAGAAGGCUGGCAAGGAAAACAAAGUGAUUCGAAGAGAACUUGCUACGGUACUCACGUCCGGUACGCUUGUGGACACGGGCAUGCUCCAGAGUGAGAUGUCGACAUACUGCAUGGCUAUCAAGGAGAUCGAUCACGAUAAUCUGCCAGCCUUUGGAAUAGCGUUCGUGGAUACUGCUACCGCACAGUUCCAGCUCUGCGAGUUCACAGACGAUGUCGACAUGACCAAGUUUGAAACCCUCAUUGCCCAGAUGAGACCCGGUGAGCUACUCCUGGAGAAAUCUUGUAUCUCUGCGAAGGUUCUACGAAUACUCAAGAACAAUACGCCACCCACGACAAUCUGGAACUACCUGAAGCCCAACAAGGAGUUCUGGCCAGCUGACAUCACCAUCCGAGAGCUUGAAGCGAACAACUACUUCGAGUCACCUACGGAAGACAACAUUGAGGCUUGGCCACCUGUGCUCCGCGAAGCUCGGGAACAAGAACUCGUCAUGUCAUCAUUCGGUGCUCUCCUGCAAUACCUGCGGACACUGAUGAUUGAGCGCGACCUUGUUACACUUGGAAAUUUCCAGUGGUAUGAUCCCAUUCGGAAAGCCACAAGUCUGGUUCUUGAUGGCCAAAGCUUGAUCAAUCUGGAGAUCUUCGCUAACACUUUCGACGGAUCAACCGAGGGUACUUUGUUUGCCAUGCUAAAUCGCUGUAUCACCCCGUUCGGUAAGCGACUACUCCGGCAGUGGGUAUGCCAUCCUCUCGCAGACGCAACCAAGAUCAACGCUCGCUUGGACGCUGUGGAUGCACUGAAUGCCGACUCUACAAUCAUGGACAAUUUCAAUGCGUCUCUCAGCAAAUUGCCGGAUCUCGAGCGUCUCAUUUCCCGCGUACAUGCGGGUAGAUGCAGGGCUCAAGACUUCCUCAAAGUGCUGGAGGGUUUCGAGCAGAUUGAGUACACUGUUAGCUUGUUGAAGCAAUUCGGCGAAGGUGAGGGUGUCAUUGGACAACUCAUCUCCUCUAUGCCUGAUCUAGCUGCAUCAUUAGCGAAGUGGAAUUCGGCCUUCGAUCGGGACAUUGCACGGAAAGAGGGACUCCUCAUUCCUGAGCCUGGCAUCGAAGAGGAUUUUGAUAACAGCCAGGAAGAGAUCGACACAUGCAAAGCCAACUUGGACGUACUGUUGAAGAAAGUUCGUAAGGAGCUCGGCUCAAAUGCUGUUCAAUACAACGACAUCGGCAAGGAGAUAUACCAACUGGAGGUACCCAAGAAAGUCAAAGUUCCGAACAAUUGGGACCAAAUGUCGGCUACUGCCAAGGUCUCUCGAUACUACACUCCCGAGCUUCGGAAGCUAGUCCGAGCACUACAAGAAGCGCAAGAGACGCAUGGUCAAAUCACCCGGGAAGUCGCUACUCGCUUCUGUCAGCGCUUUGAUGAGGACUACAAGGUCUGGCUUGCGGCUGUCAAGAUCAUCGCUCAGCUGGAUUGCCUGAUUAGUCUUGCAAAGGCGUCUGCUUCGCUUGGAGAGCCGAGUUGCCGACCAACUUUCGAGGAAGGUAAUCGUACUGUUGUCGAAUUCGAAGAGCUCCGCCACCCGUGCAUGCUCAACACGGUCGACGACUUUAUCCCCAACGACAUUAGGCUAGGCGGCGACUCGGCCAAUAUCAGUCUAUUGACUGGUGCAAACGCAGCAGGUAAAUCCACCAUCCUCCGUAUGACCUGCAUAGCGGUCAUCCUCGCACAAGUCGGCUGCUACCUUCCUUGCACAUCAGCCAGACUCACACCUGUCGACCGCAUCAUGUCCCGUCUUGGCGCCAACGACAAUAUUUUCGCUGCCCAAUCUACAUUCUUCGUUGAACUCUCAGAAACACAGAAGAUUCUUUCGGAAGCCACACCUCGGUCACUCGUUAUCCUCGACGAGCUCGGUCGUGGUACGUCCUCUUAUGACGGUGUUGCCGUGGCACAGGCUGUUUUGCACGACAUCAGUACACGUGUAGGCUGUGUCGGCUUCUUCGCCACACACUACCGCUCUUUGGCCAAAGAGUUUGAAUUCCACCCCGAAGUCGAGAACAAGCGCAUGCGUAUUCAUGUCGACGAUGCCUCCAAAUCCAUCACCUUCCUCUACAAGCUAGAACAGGGUGUGGCUGAAGGCAGUUUCGGUAUGCACUGUGCAGCUAUGUGCGGUAUCCCGAGCAAAGUCAUUGAAAACGCGGAGAAGGCGGCUAGGGAGUGGGAACACACGAGUAGGCUGGGGGAGAGGAUGGAGGUGAACAAGGAUGAGGGUGGUGUGUAUGUUCCGCUGGGCCUGCAGAGUGAUGUUGCUUGGACGUUGAGGGAGGGUUUGGAGGGAGUUGGUGAGCGGGCGCUGGAUGUGCUGCUCGAAGCUAUCUCCGCGCUCUGA